CUCGGCAUGGACAACAACCGAGGAGGUCGUCAAGCAACAGCUGAAAAACAUGAGAUCGAGCUCGUGAAGCAGCAGUUAUUGCCUUCCAUGUCAAAAGAUAUUGAAGCAGCGUCGAAAUUGUUGAAUGAAUCAGCACACAAAAGCAGAUGUAGCAUCUUCAGAGUCCCCCAGGCACAUGCCGGAGGAAAAGCCAAGACAUGCCGGCCUCACAUCAUCUCUAUUGGCCCAUACCACCAUGGGAAAGCGCAAUUGGGAAUGCUUCAGGAACACAAGUGGAGAUACCUCCACAGCAUGCUGGACCAAACUCAACUGCACGGUGUUGGCCUCGAGGACCUCAUUGAUAUGGUGGCGCCGAAAGUGGAAAUGAUCCGACAGUGCUACUCAGAGAGCACCGACAGUUUCAGCGGACCUGAUCUUGUAAAAAUGAUGGCUCUUGAUGGAUGCUUCAUCAUUCAGUUCCUCCGUCAAAUGGUAGGGGUUGCACGGACUGAUCCCCUACUAAAAAAUUCAUACGUGUUAGCUUCUGUUAUGCGGGACCUUCUUCGGCUUGAGAAUCAGGCCCCGUACUUUGUUCUCGAGGAUUUGUUUGAAACGACGAAUGUUCCAAACGGAACCUUGUCCUUGACCGAUCUCACCUUCCAUUUCUUCAGCUGCUUCCCGGAAGUAUCCGGUAAUGUCUGGGAAAGACGAAGCAAUCCAAAAGGAGUGCAUUUACUUGAUUCAUUUCGUUUGAGCUUAAUACCUUGGGAUCAACGAGACAUUUAUCCAAUAAACAAGAGCUCGUCUCAUCAUCUGAUUAGAUCUGCUUCUGAGCUCCGUCGUGUGGGAAUUGAAUUCAAGCAGAGGGAAGCCAGCACCUUCCUAGAGAUCAAGUUUGACCGCGAACGCAGAACCGUUGGAAUUCCAAAAGUAACCAUAGAUGAUGAUCUCAAAUGGAUCCUCCCCAAUAUGGUUGCUUUUGAACAGUGUCGUGGUCAAGGGGACGGGCACAUAACCGCCUAUGCCGCAUUCAUGGGAUACCUCAUUCACACGGCCAAUGAUGUACAACUUUUGCACGACCGUAAAAUCAUCUCGAAUCACGGCAUGAGCAACGAGGAUGUUGCACACUUCUUCGGUGAUGUCUGCAAGGAUGCUACUUUCUCUGUCGAGGGGAGCUAUCUAGAGUCUCACUUCGCAAUUUUAAACGAGCCUCUUAAGCAUGAAUGGGCUUAUCUUUGUUGCGCACAACUCCUAAAUGCUUUUCAUGACAAUCCAUGGUCGGUUAUUUCGGGCCUAGCUGUUGUAGUAACGCUUGCAGGCAUGAUUCAAACAGUAUACGCUGUAUUGCAAUACUCUCAUCCCAAGUAGCAGGAAGCAGUAUGCAUCUUUCAUAUUGAUUUCAUUACAUGUAUUGACUAUGUUAUCAGUGAAUCUUUCAAGUUGUUGAUCAAUCUUGAAUAAGUGACGAACAGUUAUCAUCACUAAAGUGAUGGUCACUAGGGGAGAGCAUGAACCGGGCCCCAAUCGUCGACCGCUCCAGUCAUCGACCACCACCAUCAGCUACCGCCUACUAUCGGCCAUCAAUCUCCACCUCUAUCACCAACCGUUUAACAUUCACAAAUACAUGGCAUGAUUAAAUCAAGCAGGGACACGAUAAGCAAAUCGGUGCAGAUGUGUGUA